AUGGAGCAGACGGUGAAAUGGAGAGUUGAAAAGAAGUUGUCCUUCAAGCUUUUUAGCAGAUACAUAGUUCGAGAGAAAAUUCUUCCUCUUUCUUCGCAUCUCGAUAUCUGUUUGCUUGGUGGCCAACCACGGACUGACAGAACACCGUACAUAAGAAAGGCCGCAGAGUUCAGAGAACGAGGUCAGAGAGCUAUCAUUAAUUGGGAUCUUGUUUUGUGUUUGAAAACUCCCACAAUAAUACGCCAGCGUGGAGCUGCACGAGCCGCAGGCAACCAGGAACUCACGUCCGAGUUCACCAGACUUUGCAGAGAGCCGAUAAAAGAAGGCCCUAAGGAGAGAAGAGCAUUCGCUAUGCCCGUCGACUCGAGUUCGCCAAUAGGUGACCGGCACAUCGAGGAGGACCCAAACGUGGACUACGAGAUGCUGCUCCGAGGAUUACGAGCCUGUGCUGAACGUGCCUCGAAGCCGCGCACGACAAAUUCGGAUCGAAUUUCGAAGACCACCAAGGAAUUGUUGGAAAGAAGAAGGGCUUUGAGGCUUGAUCUGAAUGCAUUGCACAUUGAGCGGCAGAAGAAGAUUCUGGAAGCAGCACAAAGAAGAGCGAGUCCAAACAAGUGCCGCAGGGAUCUCGGCGAAUAUAAUAUUCCGCUAGCUGCUUUGCUGGGCGGACUCGCACGUCUUCUCGUCAAUGGAUCCGAAGAAAUGCUAAACGUCCUCGAGGGAGGCAGUCAACAAGCUGGGGUGAUCUGUUGCUGCACAGAUGGACCAACUAAUAGUUCAGCUGGAUGCUGUUGGAGAACCUCGUCAACGUCGCUCACGAAACCUGAGCACAUCUUAGAUGACAAUGGCGAAUUAGCUAAACGAGUGGAACGAGUGGAGUGGACUGCCGAUGCUCGAUCUCUGUAA